CUAUGGAUCAUACACUCUUCAACUUCAACUUUUGUGUCUAUGGCUCCGUCGUUUUGCGCGACGAUUUUGCCAAUGUCAGGGUUGAGAGACAUGUGUAGCGGUCUUAGAGGAUGGAAAAAAAUAAAAGAAGUAGCGGUAGUGAGAUAGAUUGCCGGUUAUUAAAAUACAUAUUUGAGACUGACUGACAAUAUGCGUGACGACAUGACGACAUUAUCAAUUGACAUUUGGAUUUGAAUGAAAAUUCACACAGAUGAAUUCAUUCGCUCCCAUUUCCGCUUGUGUGACUUUGAAACUUUUUAUAUCAAGUGACAGGACUUAACGUGGGCGUUCAUUAUCCUGCAUUGCAAUCCGCCUUGCCUUCCGCCGCGUAAUGGUCUAUCCACACAUAUCCGGGCCGUACUUAAUACUGAAUUGUGAAUGUAAUCGCAGCGUGCAAGCCAUCCUGCGAGAGUCCAUACGCAUAAUAGUGUGUGAGUUGCCUCCUGCCUUCGCGGCGGACUGCAAUGCAGGGAAUUAUACUGAUUCGGCGUUUUUGGAAGAACUGUGUAUUUCUGUAAAUAAAACUAUUCAAAAAUUGUCAGAAGGUUACAUUUGGCAUCGGGACGAAUUUAAAGUUUAUGUGCCUUUGAAUAAAGAAAAGCAUGACUGUUCACCACAAUUGGUCAGUACAACGUGUUUCGGAGACAACAUUGAAGACGAGUGGUUAAUUGUAUAUCUCAUACUGGAAGUCACAAAAGUCCACAGCAACUUGAUAGCGCAAGUACAAGAUAAUGAUGGCGAUUUUCUCCUUAUUGAGGCUGCUGAUUUUCUCCCGGCUUGGGCAAACCCUGAUACUACAGAAAACAGG